AUGGCGACUUUCCAAUUUGUUCAGCACUUCCUGCUUAAUAGCUAUAUCCGUCCAAUUUCAAGACUUUCUGCAAGUAAUAAAAGCGGCAAAAGAAAAUCCAAUAAUCAAGUACAUUCCGGCAUUCUCGACGGCAAUUGGGAGGAGAGCUAUUUUCUCUAUGAUCAGAACUUAACUCUAAAUGGAAUUGUACUGAAUGAUAGCAUUGCCUUGUUAGAAACCAAACGUAAUAAAUCAUUAAAACAAUUCCAAAUUCAGUUCAAAGGCGACAUAGUAGAUGGAAAAUCUGGAGAAAACUGUUGCCAAGAAUUUAUUUCACUCGUGUCCGAUUAUAUUACAAUCAACUCCGUCCAGGAUCACAGCUUUAACGAUAGAUCAGCUUCAUUACCGUUAAUGCAAUGUAAUAAUAAAUUUAUUGAUAGAAAUAACUAUACUCUAUUCGAUUAUCUCGCAGGAUUGCCUGCAACAAACAACGUCAAUGUCUCACAAACUCAGCAAUCCAGUAAUAAUAACUGUAGAGAUCAAGUCACUUCUGUCGAUCGUUCCAAUUUUCCUGCAAUCAAAGAUAUGAUAGCAAACUUACUUCAUUGCACUGCGGCUGAUAAUGAUGACCUUUCGCAUCUAAUUAAUACAGAUGGAACGGAACUCAUAAAAGUAUACAUAAAAAAUCUAUUACUGGAUGAAAAUUUUCCUGCUUUCGUAGAAUUGGUAGAAAAAGAACUAAAGAAAUUAGCGGAUUACGUGUAA